AACUGAUUAAAAAAUCAGUGGAAUUAGAGAAAAAAUAUGCCUUGGAUGCUUGUCCUAAAGGAAUAGUAGGGAUUAAUGCUGAGCAAUUUAGCGAGUAUGUGGAAUAUGUGGCAGACCGUCGUUUAGAAAGAAUUGGCUUACCAAAAAUAUAUUUUACGCUUAAUCCUUUUCCCUGA